AUGUCCAGAAAUCCAUUAUCCGGGGCGAUCAAACGGCUGCAUCCUAAAGGUGAGCUAAAUCCUAUAACACAAGGCCCACCUCAAUUCAGUUCAGUUCUAAGGCGCGAGUCUGGCAUAGAUGUCUCCAGAUCCAACCUCAACCCAACCCGGCAUGCCAGUUCCCCAAAGCAGGCCUGGAGGCCUACACCGCUGCAGGCGCCCUUUCUCCUGUUCCUGGCCGGAUUUAUGCUGCUGACGCUGGUGACAAUGGAGGUCCUGCGAUGUCUUUCAAACAAAAAUAGGGGUAUCGUACUCUAUAAUGACCUUACCGACAUCAACAACUCUGUCAUGGCUGGCUCGAAGUACCUGCCAACUCUUGUUGCGCUGAUCAUUACCACACUCUGGAGUUUCUGUGCCUACGAUGUGAUGCGACUGGAGCCUUAUUUGCAAUUAGCUAGACAAAACGGCACGCCGGCGAGCGUGCUGUUCCUCAAUUAUAAUUUCUCAUACGGCAUCCUGGCUCCUAUUACCGCGGCACGCCACAACCAUUGGCUUGUUUUCUGCGUGUCAAUCAUGUCCUUGGUUCUGCGAAUGUUCCUGCCGGCCCUAUGUUCCGGUCUCACGAUAUUGAACGAUUUGGAUAUGCACAGCACCCAGACUGUGACAAUAUGGCCUGACUUGAUUGAUGGAGCUUCUCAAGCGGCAUGGAUGCAUGGUCAGAUGCCACACCGCGGCCAUUCAGUCAUGUCGGCCAUGAACGCCCACCUGCCACUGCUUCGCUCUGCCGACUACGCGAUGCCUCCUUUUGCCAUGCCCGGCGAGGAUCGGAAUGAGAAUUCUAUGCUGUAUUUGAACCAAACAGUCUACUGGGCCAACACAACAUGCGUCGAUACAGCACUUGACCCGCUCCCCGAGGGGAGCGUUUCUUUUGGAAACAGGACCUCGGAUGGCCAUCGGACGGUAUCAUUCAAGGCCCAUGGAUCCCUCAUAUCCGGGCCAAGUGCUACCGCCAACGGCUGCAAAAUCGACAUCGCUCUUGACAGUACUAUCCCGAAUGAUACCGACCCCUUCCAACUGCGCUAUUGGGAGCCCCGCCAGGAACAUUCGACUUCCAGAGUGUUCAAUGCGAGCCACUGUGACCAGUAUGCCUUUUAUUCUCUGAUAGCUGACUUGAAUGUGAGAGAUGACGGAUCGAUCUCGACGACUAAAGCUGCUGCAUUUGGCUGCACGGUAACAUACCAACAUGCGACUGCCAAUGUUUCUAUCACCGCCAAUUCUUCAAUCGAUUCGGUCACGGUUUACCCCGACACCGUUAAACCAUUGGAAAUGUCGGAUUUCAGAGCAGAUGAAUUGCAGGGGAUGAUGUAUCUAUUGUCUGAUGGAAUCAUGGCAGAGCAUAGCCAGGCCACAAACGCGUCCAAUCAACUAGUGCCACACAGAGCUACCUUCAUCUCAGAUCCGGCGCAGUAUCAGCGAGAUGUUGCUAAUCUCUGGAAGCAAACAUUUGCUUUCACGAUGAAUCGAUUGUUUGACCCCAUGGCAGGCUCGAUUGAGUUGGAUGCACAGCAAGUGACACCGAUAGUUUCUAUCAUGGUGAUAUCACAUACGGCACUUGUCGCAGAAUCCAUACUGGGUUCAGCUAUUCUUCUACUGUUAUAUCUCGUAUACGCUUAUCCACGCCGAGCGAGUUUUCUGCAAAGUGAUCCCGGGUCUAUUGCGGCACAAUCCCGAAUCAUUGCCGACCUAUUUCACCCCGACACUGCUGAGGCUUUGUCAAAUGCAAAUCUGCACAAGGCCACUACCCGACAGCUUCGCGGAUGGGCGAGAAACCUGCAUUGCCAAUGGCGAGAAGGGCCACAUGGGUGGCAGAUAACCUUCGUUCCAACCGAAGGACGUUCUUCGACCAUCUCCGCUCGCGCAGCCCGCCGACAGCAAGAUCCCGUUCCACAUUUCCUCAUGAUACCUUGUUUUGCAAUUGAAUGUCUAUUGCUCAUCGUGAUGCUGGUCGUUUUCUCAUUAUCACUAAGGCGGUUCGGGUUCCAUAAUGAUAGCCCGAGUUAUUCCAAUUGGGAUAUCAUGUGCCUGCUUUUACUGCUCUAUGCUCCCAAUGUAAUCGCGUCCAUGGUAACCGCGCUGUUGGCAUCUAGCCUCCGUCAUUUGAGCACCCUAGAACCAUGGGUACGGUUGGAACGAGGUAUGGCCACUGCCAAGCAGACUCUGUUGAUGGAUUAUACCUCUCGAACACCGCUGGAGGUGUUCGCAAAAUGCACAAGAAAGGGACCCCCUCUAUUGACAAUUGUCUCGCUGGCUUGUGUUAUCGAUCUAAUUCUCAGCCUCACCAGCGGGAGUCUUUUCAUACCGCAAAUUAAUCAAUAUGUUGAUCCUACCUCGGUCCUGUCGCAGCUAUACAGCCUCUCGAAGUUCUCUAUAUCAGAUUCUGCACCCGAGUUUGAUAGCUUUCAUUUUGUCCCGAUGAGCAAGACUAUGCCCCUUCUGCCGUGGACAUCUUCUGAUUAUUCAUUCUACCCUCUGGCAAUCAAUGACAUAGAAAUGAUGCGUUCAUUUUAUACCACUACCACACGUGGAAUCGGCGCAAAUUUAACGUGUCGGGAGCUUAAUGCUAACCAGCUACGGGUAGAAGACAACACUGGCAAACAAUACUGGACUUACCAGCCCUUUGAUCAUGCUGUUAGUGAACACUGUACCGUGGAAGCUCCUCAGCCAGCAGGGGUUGACAACGCAACUUUUGAUGACAAGUCUAUUCGUUACUUGACGCCAAUUGAGUCUGGAAAGUGCCAAGCGAACACCGUCGUCGUCGUUGCACGAUGGAAUUUGAUCAAUGGCACUGCUGGGGGUUCAAAGAACACACUAGCAUUGCACUGUGAGCCCCACAUCAGCAUUCAAGAUUUCGAGAUUGAUUUCCAGUUCAAUGGACAAGUACAAGCACGCAGGCCGGUGCCUGGAAGCGCCAUCACAAGCGGGAGCGUGAUGGUCAACGCCACCAAGAGCCUCGCGCGAUAUCACCACUCACUGGCUCAGGUUGUCCAACAAUCUGUAACCCAUCGGCAUCCUGCUUUUUCUCACUUUGACUGGGCUGGAAUCUUGACUGAGCAUGCCUACGAAGAAGUAGACCCUGACUUCUCAUCAUUCAACGCCGACACCUUGAUGAAUGCGACGCAGUUCGUUUACUCAACCGUCUUCAGCACCUACUUUUCACUCUGGCGAGAACUGUAUAUUGAUCGCUUGACCGAGUCUCCGUUGCCCGCUUUGAACGGGACUCAAACCCAGUUGUACUGGGAGAUGACCCUGUCUAUUCCAACCAUGGUCAUUGUCAUCGUGAUCGUCUCUAUGGAUGUGCUAGUUAUGGCCGGGGUUUUCUUCACGCGCCGCGGACGCUUCCGAGGACCUCGUAUCCCUCGAUCAAUCGGGGCUCUUAUGCCGUGGGUCACGCAUAGCCAAAUGAUGCGGGAUUUCAGACAAGCAGCUCGAUUGGAUCUGCCUGAAUGGGAAGGGUAUCUCCAGGAAGAUUUCAGAAGGUAUCGAUUAGGGGAGUCUCUAUGUCCGGACGAGGUGACGCGAUUGACGUUGGAUUACGACCCGGAGUCGAAGAGAGAAGAGCAUGAAAUGCAGGCGAAGGAGCCUCGCGUGGAAACUGUGCCAGUGACCGAGUCUGAACUGGCCGACCGAGAGACUGAAAACCCCAACCCACCCCCACCGGGGUAA